AUGCAGCUGACACAGCUGGUUGCGGGAGUUUGCCACAGACCGGGCUCUGGGACUAUGAUUUCUUUGCGGAGCAUUGGGAAUGCCAUUGUUUUUGUGACGUUGGGCUUGGCUGCAUGUGCAGUGGUGAUGAGUGCGACAUUUCACUCCGAAAGUACCAGCGACAGGGUUGCCCAAAGCAGGUCCUUGUCCGCACACGGCCAAGAUGAGAUGUUUACGUAUCACAAGACACUUUUUCCCCCUGACGGAGCAGAUGUCCUUUGCUUCACUGUAGCUGCUGCAGGACUCAUUGUUGCUGCAAGUGGCGGCAUUGGUGGCGGCGGAAUUCUCGUACCUCUGUACAUGAUCUUCUUGCGCUUUCGGCCAAAGCAUGCCGUGGCUCUGUCAAACUUCACCAUCCUGGGAGGUGCAUUUGCCAACACGGCAUUGAAUGCCCCCAAGUUGGAUGAGAAUGGCCGCGCACUAAUCAACUGGGACAUCAUAGUGAUGAUGGAGCCGGCGACACUGGCCGGGACAGUCCUGGGUUCGUUUGCCUCGAAGUAUCUCGCCGAUUUUGUGUUGAUGGGCUUCUUGGCAGCUGUACUUGCAAUCUUGUCCUUCCGCACACUGGACAAGGGACUGGAGAUGUUUCAUCACGAAAACACCAGGGAUGCAGAGCUCCAAGCUGUGCCUCAGCAUGAAGAUGCCGACAUGGCCGAUGACUUUCAACAUGAGGCGAGUGAUGUUGAUGAUGAGCCGAAGGAGUCGCGCAACCUCGUCGGGGACGCACGUCUCCGGACGGUGGGAGAAGGGACACCAUGGCUCAAGGUCUCCUUGCUGGUCCUUUGCUUCAUGGGCUGCGUGGUUUUGACUGUUCUGAAAGGCGGUGGUCAAGGGUCAGUCGUAGGUGUUACAUGUGGCUCCAGCAGCUUUUGGUUGCUCAGCUGGGCACAACUUCCUUGGGUCCUGGGCUUUGGCCUCAUCUUCAGAGACAUGCUCAUCAAUGAAAACCUGGACAAGGAGGAGGAUGGCCAUGACUUUGAUGCUUCGGAGAUUCGCUGGACCUCUGCUACGACCAUCCGUUACCCACUUCUCUGCAGUUUGGCCGGCAUUCUUGCAGGCCUGUUUGGUGUCGGAGGCGGCAUCAUCAAGGGGCCAUUGAUGCUGGAGCUUGGCGUAGCCCCGCAAGUGGCCUCAGCCACUGCUGCUGCAAUGAUUCUCUUCACCUCCAUGGCUACUGCUGUUUCCUUCCAAGUCUUUGGCCUUCUUGAGCCAAGCUAUGGCUCCAUGUGUUUCAUGCUUGGAUUUUGUUGCACACUGCUGGGACACUACAUUGUCCACUCGUUUCUGCAGGGUGCCAAGCGGCAAUCGCCGCCUGUACUAUCAAUAGGGUGCGUGAUGGCUGUAUCCACGGCGCUGUUGAUUGUAGAGACCAUUGGAAGGCUCUACAACAUGGACUUUGGGAAGCUCAUUGAGCCAACUUCCCUGUGCAGCAUUGAUGAAUGA